AUGGACCGCUCGCAAGUCUUAGGCGCCUCCGAUAUGCAAUAUUGCCACUCAAACCCCGACCCCCGUCCCCAACGUGCCCGCGCCUCGUCGGCCAUCUUUGGACCCAAUGCAUCAACCGCCGACGGCUACGAUUUCUCCCCCCUUGGACAGCCCCAACUCACUACCGAACUGCCGUUGACCACUACCAUCUUCAUUAUCUCUGCCGAAAUUGCCGCGGCGGCGACGACGAAAACGACCACCGCCACCUACCAAAACGCUCCUGACGCCCCGAUAGCUACCGACAGUUCGACCGUCGAUUUCGACGAUGUCCACCGUGUGUCUGUCCCACAGCUGCAGCAGCGGUGGGAGCAGGGACGGUGA